AUGAACAUCCCUAGUUACCUGCUGAACAUCAUCUCUGGCUACUUCCAGAUGACAUUGCCUAGGCCGUCGUUUUCAAGCACCUCUAGCAGCUCAGCCUUGAGACAGCCAACCACAAAACCGAAAUUACUGAUCAUUGGUAGGCGGAGGAUAGAUACCAUAACCGUAACAGUCCAAGGCUGCCGUAUCAUCUCAGUUCCCUACAUUGAAUAUCUGGGCCUUCACAUAGACGCCAUGGUGAGCAAUGCGAAGCUGACUAUUGUAGAGAGGAUUCACGCAAAGCGAGAGCAUGGGCCAAGAAACGGCCAUCCUGGGCGGAGACAUCCGGCUCUCCGGUUACCUUGCUCUUCGUCGAGCCGCAUUCUGGUGGACGUGCCGUGCGAGGUGUGCGCCGACCACUCCUCGGGCAAGCACUACGGCAUAUACACCUGUGACGGGUGUGCGGGAUUUUUCAAAAGGUCGAUCAGGCGAGGACAGGGCUACAGUUGCAAGUCGCGAGAGCUCUGCAUCGUCGACAGAACGCACAGAAAUCAGUGUCGGGCUUGUCGGCUCUCCAAGUGCCUCGCUGCCGGCAUGAACAAGGACUCUGUUCAACACGAGCGAGGACCGCGAAAUUCGACGCUGCGAAAGCAGGUGGCCUUGCUGUACGGCUCGUCGCCCUACGACCGCUCGUCGUCCCAUCCGAGGAGGUCGUCGGUGCCGCCAGCCCCUCCAGCGCCGCUACCGCCUACGCUCGCAGCCCCGGUUGCGCUCAACCUCGCUCUACCCAAGCCCGUCGUGAGCGAGCCGCUGAUACCGUCCUCGGUGGCCACCACGCCGGUUCUGCACAACUCGCGCUCGUCUUUUUAUCCGGUCCUGGAUUUUUCCCCAAAGAUGUCGCCGUCACCGCCGAUGCUGCACCAGCCCCUGUUCAGGCUGCCGCUGAUCCUCGACACGGUGAACGAGCAAGCGGCCCGGCUCAUCUUCAACAACGUCCACUUCGUCCGCGACAUAAACGCCCAGACGAAGCUCUGCUUCGAGGACCAGCUGACGGUGCUGGAGGCCUCGUGGCGCGACCUCUUCCUCAUCGGGGCCUCGCAGAUGUACCCGCUCAUGGACCCGGCCGAGAUGGGCGGCAUCACGCCCGACCUCGUCGUCCAGUGCAUACGCUUCCGCGACAUCAUCAGCGAGUUUCACAAUCUCCAGCUGAGCAGCGAGCAGUACUCGAUAGUCAAGGCCGUCGUGCUGUACCGGGCGGGCCUGGACUACGACUCGGAGAUCAGCAGCAGCCCGAGCAGCAACGGCUCCGGCUCGCCGCUCAGCACCGGCCGACUCAAGGACCCGCGACAGGUGGCUCGCCUCAAGAUGGACGCCGAGUCGAUGCUCUGGGCCAACAUACGCCUGACCAGUCCCACGCUCUGCGAGAUCAAGCUCAGCCGGAUAGCCUAUCUCAUACCGCUGCUGCAGCUCGUCUCGAGAAAGUCCAUCGAGGACUUCUUCUUCAGAAAGGCCAUCGGCGACACGAGGAUCGAGAAAGUCAUCACCGACAUCUACGUCAGAUCGCUCAAUCAGCGUUGA